AGAUAAAAUAAUAAACCACAAUGAAAGUUGUAAGGAAUCGAGCCACUCUUAAAAAAAUCAGCUCUAAAAAUCCCACUUGCAGGCCUGUAGGCUCCUACCAGGCCUGAUAGGCUUCGGCAGGCCAGUUGAGUUCGGCCUAUAUCCGCCUAGGCUCAUCGUCAGAGCGGCCUGCCUUGGCACAACCUACGGCCUAUAGGCCGGCCUAUCACUGGCCUAGCCCGUUGGGAGCACUGAAUGGUCAUGCCAGGGAAAAUAACCGCCUAGAGGUAAUUUAAUCUCAUGGCCCCUGGGAGUUGCCUCUUUAACAUUUUCAUAGGCGGUUAUUCUGAAUGUAGUUGACGACAAUCUGCGUAUGAAGGGCAAUUUUAAUGUCCGCGGUGCCCUUGGUAAGCUUCAAUAACACAUGUCUCUUAAGUGGCUACUAAUACAUAGUGGCAGAAUGGAUGGUCUACUUUGCAAAAGAAACCGGAAAAAUCCAAGUGCCAAAAUACGCUGGAGUACAGACCAUGCUCAAUGCUCUUGCGGGCACUCUAAGAUUCGAAGAAAUUGCUCGAAAGGUGGCAGUUGACCGUUGCCUUAAGUUUGACCGCCUUAGUUUUCGCGCAACAUGCCUGUAUGAUGAAGUCUCAAAGCAUGUACAUGAGAAUGAUCUAAUGAUUACUGUCAGAGUGAAAGACUUCACUCCGGACGAGUGCGGUGCACUGAUAGCCUACCUGGAACUGCAAAAGGAGUGGCCUGCCCCCCUGAAUUGGGUGCUGGAAGAGAAACCUGUCGAGCAUGGACCAAAAGCUACUACAUAGCUCAGUGUGGACAUGAUUGUGGACAGGUCGCAAUGGUAGUUCCGUGGUUGUAGAUUAUUUAUGCAACAAGGUCAUGGAACAGGAUAUGGCAGUCACUUGUUUUACAUUCCCUUUUAGAUGGCCUCGGUCACUUUUACAAUUGUUUUCCUUAUUUACGUUUUUUCUUUCUUGGCCUAGGCCCUCCGAUAGAAAUAAUUCCUACAUUGGUAUGUGGCUACGGUUAAGCUAAUGUCUUCGAUAAAA